AUGAGGCUAACUCUGGUGCUACUGUGGCUGGGCGCUGCGGCGGCCUGUGGCCCGGGCCGCGGCUUCACCCGCCGCCACGGACCGCGCCGCAUAACGCCCCUAGUGUUCAACCAGCACGACCCCAACAUCAACGAGAACUCCAAGUCAGCCAGCGGUCCCCCGGAGGGACGUAUCACUAGAAACGAUGAGAAAUUCAAAGACUUAGUGCCUAAUUAUAAUCCGGAUAUAGACUUCAAGGAUGAAGAAGGCACAGGAGCAGAUCGGCUCAUGACACAGAGAUGCAAGGAGAAGUUGAAUACUCUGGCUAUCAGUGUGAUGAAUCAGUGGCCGGGUGUCAGGCUGAGGGUGAUCGAGGGUUGGGAGGAAGAGAACUCCCACUUGGAGAACUCCCUCCACUAUGAGGGCCGGGCCGUUGACCUCACCACCAGCGAUCGAGACCGCAGCAAGUACGGCAUGCUGGCAAGACUAGCUGUUGAAGCCGGCUUCGACUGGGUCUUCUACGAGAGCCGCUCCUACAUACAUUGUUCUGUUAAGACAGAAUCAUCGGUAGGAACAGGAGCAGGGUGCUUUCCUUCUGGGUCUUUGGUCCAUACAGAAACAGGACCUAAAAACAUCGACUCUCUUCAAAAGGGUGAUCGAGUUUUAGCGGCCGAUAAUGAUGGAAAGUUAGUGUAUAGUGAGGUUUUGACUUUCAUUGAUCGAGAUCCGAACGCUGUACGUCAGUACAUCGAAUUUACGGCUGAAAAUAAUGCCACUAUUACGACGACGCCGUCCCACCUCUUGCUGCUAGCCUCUGCUGACGGCUGGCGGGAAUCAUUCGCUGAUAACGUACAGAUUGGUGAUUACCUUCUAACAAGAGGUCAGGGAUCCGUGAUGCGACCUUCUAGAGUUGUUAACAUUAGAAGGGUAUCGAAACUUGGAUUAUUUGCACCUCUAACGAGAACUGGGACUAUCAUUGUGGAUGAUGCUUUAGCGUCCUGCUACGCUCUCAUCAAUAGUCAUUCCAUUGCCCACGCUGCCAUGGCUCCUUUAAGAUGGUUGGCACAAUGGAACAGAACUCCCGAACUUCCACGCGGUGUCCAUUGGUAUGCCAACGCCUUAUAUAAUAUCGGAGAUUUCGUGCUACCCUCGUCGUACAAAUAUCGCUAA